UGUCACACCAGCUAGCCAAUGGGCAUGGAGCUGCGCGGCUUGUGGUUUCCUCCGUUGAAAUUUGAAUUUUUCAACAAGGACAACCCAAACAGUAGAGUUUGAUAAAGGAGCAUCGCGCCCAAAUCAGGUUAAGCCAUGAGCUGGGCAGUGGAGGAGUGGAAGGAUGGUCUUCCAGGGAAAGCCCUGCAGAAGAUCCAGGAGUUGGAAGUCCAGCUGGACAAACUGAAGAAGGAGAGGACACAGAAGCAGUUUCAGCUGGACUCUUUAGAAGCUGCACUCCAAAAACAGAAACAAAAGGUGGACAGUGAACGUACAGAGACAUCUGCUUUGAAGAGAGAAAACCAGUCUUUAGUAGAGUCAUGUGACUCUCUAGAGAAAGCUCGGCAAAAGGUUGCACAUGAACUCGGAGUCAAAGAGCAGCAGGUGAGCUACCUGGAAGGUCAGCUUAACUCCUGCAGAAAAACCAUUGAACGACUUGAACAGGAGCUCAAGAAGUACAAAAAUGAACUGGAUCGUUCUCAACCUGCUGGCUCUUCCUCACUGUCAUCAUCCUCUUCUGAGCUGCAGACCUAUGCCACUCCACAGAAGAGUUUUCAGACACCAGCACCCAUCCCAGCCUACAGACAGCAGGAUAAUAGACUGGAGGAGCUACAGGAGAAGUACAGCCAAGAGGUAGAAGAAAGGAAAAGAUUGGAGACUGAACUCAGAGUCUUACAGGUCAAACUGUUGAAUCAGUCUUCAGUCGGUGUAAGCCACAAGGAUAUUGCUGCCCGUCAAGCUGGAUCUUCAAUUUUUCCGUGGCAACAGCAGGAUUCAGCCCACCGCCGCCAGUCUCAGGACAUUAUGGAAACACCUCUAAAGAGGCGAGGAACAUCCCUGUGGGACGCCCAUGAGGAGACACCAAUCAAACCCAGCCAGCGGAUGAGCUCUUCCAGAGCGCCACAGAGUCCCAGUGGAUCCUCACAGCAGAUGGAGCAGCUAAAGACUCUCAACCAAGAGCUGCGUGGCCGUGUAUCAGAACUAGAGAGGAACCUGGCCAAUCAGGAGAAGGAAAUUCGUAACCAAACGUCCAAACUGCAGGAACUUCAAACUCAACUGAACCAGGCUCGCAAAGACCUCAGCGAACGGGACAGAGACCUGGCAAAGACGAGGCAUGAGCUGAGUCAGGCCACAGACCGACACCAGCAGGCUGAGUCCAAGUGUUCAUCAGUUGAGCAGAAACUGAAACAAGUCACAGAGGAGAUGAGUUGUCAGAGGCACAAUGCUGAAAGCUGCAGACGGGCACUGGAGCAGAAACUCAAGGACCAAGAGAGAGACAGUCAGAAGGAACUUGCUCAGCUGCAGAGUUCCCAUCAUGCUUUGGAUCAGCAGCUGAACCAGACCAGAACCAAGCUGACCCAAGAGGUCCAACAGGCCAAAAAAGACUACAAUGUACUGCACGCUGACAUGGAGAAGAUGUGCUCCCAGAAGAAGCAGCUGGAGAAGGAGAUGGAGGAGCAGAAACAAAAGCUGCUGAGAUCAGAGCAAAGCCUUCAGGCCUGCCAGACUAAAGAGCAGGACCUCCGAAAGAAAAUGGAAGAGCUGCAGAGAGAGAAGAACAGCAUGACUGUCCAGUUGGACCAGAGCAGCAGGCGCCUGUCUCAGCUGGAAGAAGAGAAGAAGAGCUCAGACCAGAGCCUCAAACGUACCCAGGGACUACUAGAUGAUCUCAAAGCAAAAUCAGAAGGGCAGACAGAGGAGCUGAAGAAUCUUCAGUCUAAACUGGAGCAGCAAACUCAGGCUUCAACAUGUGAGCUGGGAAACUUAAAGAAAACACUCUGUGAUGCAGAGACCAGAAAUGACAGAUCUCAGAAUGAACUCCAAAAACAGAAACAAGAGAUGGAGAGGCUGAGCAACAGGUUGAUGGUGCUGGAGAAGGAGAGCCAAGAGCUGAAAUCCAAUCUCACCGCGAGCCAGAACGAAUGUAAGGAGCUAAAACGAGAACAUCAAGCUCUGCUGGACUGGAAGAAGGAGAAGGAGAGCUUAAUUAAUGAAACUGAAGAGGUGCAAAAGGAGCUCACAGAUAAAAUUAACAACUUGGAGAGCAGUCUUGGCUCAUUGAACGAGGCUAAUGAUGAACUUAAGAAUAAGCUCACAUGGGCAGAGGGAGAAAAGGCCAGUCUGUCUGCUCACAUUGAUUCCUUGAAGGGAGAACUCCUCAACAAGUGCACAGAGCUGGAGGAGAAGGAGCAUCAGUACAAGGAGCUUCAGUCUCAGUUCUCUGAGGCUGGACAGAAACACACUAAAGACCUGGAGAAUGUAGGAGUGCAGGUGGCUCAGCUUGAAGCACAGGUCAAAGAUCUGGAGUUACGUUUGCAAAAGGAAAUCGCUCGAGCAGAGCUUGCUGAGAGGAUGAACACAGAGCUGCAAGAUGAGCACAAGGCAGCCUGCGAUCUGGUCCGCUCCAAAGAGCAGCUGGUAGAACUGGGCCAGGCUGAGAUCGGCCAGCUAAGGGAAAGCCUUGCACAGACCACUGCACAGCAGGAGGAGCACAAUGCCAGGUUGGCAGAGGAGAAGGCAGCCUUACUGAAGCAGUGUGAAGAAAGUGUUUCAGCAAAGACUGAGGAGACUGAGCACAUCAAGCUGCAGAUGGAGGAGGCCCAGCAGGAGCUGCUGUUCACCAAAAACCAGAUCAGCUCCUUGGAGCAGUUUCUGAAGGUGCAGGAGCAACUGGGAGCAGGGCUGCAGAAACAAAUUAAAUCAAUGACAGAACGGGAAGAGGAACUCAGACAGAUAUACGAGAAAAAAUCAGAAGAACUCAAAGUAUCAGAAAUGGAGCUCAGCACACAGCGGAGCCAAACAGAAGAGAAGGAGAAGCAGCUCAGAGAGGCUGAAGUUCAGAUAUCAUCUGUGGAGAAACAAAAAGCCGAGCUGGAAAAUGCAGUCCAAGAUAUGAAGAAAGAAGCAGAAGUAAUCCAGCAUGGUCAGACUGAGAAGAUCAACAGCCUCCUGGAGCAGAUUUCAUCCUUAGAAGAAAAGGUUGACAUGAACAAAGAUGCAGCAGAGAAGCUUCCAGUCUUGAAGAAUGAACUGGAUGUGGUCACGCAGUCCAGUGCUGACCUUAAAAAGUCUCUAGAAGCUCUUGAGAAGAAUCACUCCUCCACUUUAGAAAUUAAGUCUAAUCUGGAAAACACUCUGGCUGAGAAAAUUAACCUGAUCUCUGCUUUGGAGGGAGAGUUAAAAGAUGUCACAGAGAAGAUGAGGAAAGAGUCAGAGAGUCACGCUUUGGAGACCGAAAACUUCCUCAAAAAAGAGAAGAGCCUCGAAGAGCAGCUGGAAGCCACUAAGAAAUCAGUUAGUGCUGCCAAAGCAGAGUCAAAUUUACGUCGGGGGGAGAUCAGGACCAUGAAGGCGACUCUGUCUGCUGCAUCACAUGGUUUGGAAGAGAGAGACAACACGAUAAAGAGUCUGAAGGAAAAGCUGAAUAAAGCAGAGGCAGAGCAGGCUAAAUCCUCAGAACUCCUGAAGGAGAAGGUGGUCGCCAUGAACAAAAUCAAGGUGCAGCUAGAGAUGCUCCAGAUGGACUUGGAAGACAACGAGACAGCCAUGACCUCUUUUGAUACGCAGGUGGAGGAGCUAAAAGCAACUAUAGAGUCACUGGAGGCCAUGCUUUCUCAGAACCAGAACCAGCUGUCUGAGAUGGAGGCCUUGCUGGAUGAAAGCAAAGCUCAGGUCUCUACUUUGGAAGCCCGCCUAGAUGAGGUCCAGUCCCAGAACUCUCUCUUGGAGUCAAAGUAUGACACAGCUAAGGAGGAGUUAUUUGAGAGGACCACUGAAAUAACUCGUCUGGAAGAGGAAGCUGCCAGACGAAGCCAACUGGAAGAGAGUGUUACUACGUUAGAGUCUAAACUCAGUCAGAUGGCAAAAGAAAAUGAACAGCUGGAAACAACACUCAGGCAGAUAAUUCAGGACAAAGACAGCAAUCUGAACCAGCUACUCCAAGAGAAAAUCAACCUUGAGACUUCUCUGAAACAGUUAAUGGAUGGCAAAGAGCACGUCGAAACUGAAAUAGUUCAAGUAAAUGCAGAAAAGAAACAGCUGGAAGUCAGUGUGGACACAAUGUCUGAGGAGAACAAACAACUGCUUUCUCGUAUUAAACAGUUAACGGAAGAAAAGGAGGAAUCAGAAGCCAAGAUUAAUGAAAUGACUGUUGAAAAACAUGACGCUGAAUCUGCCCUUAGUCAGCUCACUGAAGCGAAAGCCCAGCUAGAUGUUACCCUGAAAAAGACAAAUGAGGAAAACGUUCAACUUGCAGAUAAACUACGUACAUCAACUUCUGAGAACAGUGACCUGGUUACUAACUUGAAUCAAGUAGUAGAAGAAAAGGCUCAGCUGGAAUUUAAGUAUAAUCAGCUCUCUGAAGAAAACAUCAAACUACAGUCUAGUGUGAACCAAGGAACUGAAGAGAAACUGCAGUUACAAGAACUCAUAAAGGGGCAUGAAGAUGAUGUUGCUUCUCUUAGAGAGGAGAACGAGUGUAUCCAGCACUCCCUCCUGACCUCAGAACAGGAGUGCCAGAGACUGAAGGAGCAGCUUGAGCUGAUGCAGGGGAGGACUGAGCAGCAGAACAAAGAGUGGAGCGAGCGGUUUGCAGGAGAACAGGCUGAAUUGCACCAGAAGCUGGCGGUCUUACAGAAGGAGCUGACUGUGUUCAAGCAGCAGUCUGAAUCACUGCUGGAACAAGUGGGCCAGCAGCACAGCUCCAUACAGCAGCUGUCCGAAUCGAAGACCCCAGCAGACAGACAGAGCCACAUGCAGGAGGCAGAAACUGAUGCUGAAGCAGCGGGGGAGAUUCAGGCAGAACCAGCACUUGAUUCAAGCCUCUGCACCUGUUCUGACUCCCUUCCAGUAAAGGAACAGCUUAUGGUGUCUGAACCGACUGAAUUACCUCAGGAGUCUGGUGCUUUCAGUGAGACGAAGCUGGUCUUUAAGAUGGACACCGCUGAGCAGGAGAUGAUCCAGGAAGAGUCAGAGGACAGGAAGGCAUGUGCGGAAGAUGUAGAGCAAACAAGAACUAAUGAGGAGGCGCAACUACUUCCCGAACAGGUUUCUGAAGAAAGUUGUAACAUAGAUGUUCCUGUAAUCUGUGACCUGCUUCCAUUACCUUCCUCUUUGGGUGAGAAAAGAAACAUAAAAUCCUGUGAGUCAUCUCCAGUAAAAGAUGAACUCAACCGUUACAAGGAAAUGAUCAGAAAACAAGAAAAUGAACUUGAGACUCUGCGCUCAGAGUUCGACCUGCUGAGCUCUGACCUGGAACUGAGAAAGGAAUUGACCUCUGAACUGGAAGUCCAAGUUCAAAACCUGGAGAGGAAAGUUCACGCUGCAGAGGAAGAGGCCCGCAGUGCAGCCUGCCAGCUGAAAAUUGCUUUGGAUUCAAAGAAAAGCCUUUCUGACGAGCUGACCCACCUGUCAGAGGACAAGGAAACUUUAACUCUGCAGCUACAAACAGCUAAAUGCCAGCUGACUGAUGUUAUGGAGAUGGUGGAAGGACUUGAGAUGACCAAAGGUGGAUGGGAUGAGAAGUUUCUUCAGCAAGAGAGUGAGCUUAAGAGGGUUCGCUCUGAGAAAGCUAAUCUGGAACAGCACAUCCUGGGAAUGGAGUCUGAGCUGGAGACUAUGCAGGCUGAGAGGGCCAGACUGAAGGAUGAGCUGGAGACCCAGAGGAGGACUUUUUCAGGCAUGGCGCAACAGAUAGAAACACUCAUGACUGAGACAACUCAGCUGAGAUCUGAAUUGGUGUCUUGCUCUGAAGAGCGAGAUGAGUUGAGCCAGUCCUUGAGCCACUGGAGGGAGAAAGUUCACAGUCUGGAGAAAAAUAACUGCGACACAAGAAACCUAAUUUCCAUCCUGGAGGAUGACAUCAGAGCUGGAAGGAAGGAGUACGAAGCCUUGCAAAGCAGCACAGAGAAACUGAAGACAGAGAGGCAACAGCUGGUGGAGCAGGUUAAAGAGCUAGAGCAGGCAAUUUCUCAACACUGUGGAGAAAGAGAGGAGCUGAUUGGCCACCUUCACCAGAUCAAAGAAGACCACAACUCCUCCAGUCAAAACACUGAGUCCAUGGCUGGCAAGAUAAAGGCUUUAGAGGGAGAAGUGCUUCGUCUUUCACAGUCUUUAGAGUCCUCUCUACUAGAGAAAGGAGAGAUUGCAUCUCGCCUGAAUUCCACACAAGUUGAGGUCCAGCAGAUGAGAACUGGUAUCGAAAAACUCCAAGUCCGCAUUGAGUCGGAUGAGAGGAAGAAAAAGAAGAUGGGAGAGCUUCUCAAAGCUGCCCAGAGAAAAUCUGACUCACUGCAAGAUCGCAUUGAUUCCCUGGAGCGAGAGAAGGAAGAUGUAGAGCAAAGUUUCGAAGAAGCAGUACUACAGGCGGAAACAGCUAAAGCUGAGCUGGAGGAGGAAAGGAGAAAGGUGGAGGAAGAGAAGAAAGAACUUAGUGCGAAAAUAUCAGAGCUCUGUAUCACACUGGAAAACUUGAGAUCUGAGAAAGAGUACAUGGAGAGACAACUGGAAAUAAAAAACAAAGAAAUUGAGGAACUGAAGGCAGCUAAGGAGGAGCUGGAGAGAGGACUGGAGAAGGCAGAGACAGAUAGAAAGGAGGAAGAGGAAAGACAGAAAUGCAGGUUAGAAGAACUAGAGAAAGGAAUGAAAGAGGAAGCAGAACGACAGAUUAGACAGUUGGAUGACCUCCAAGCACAGCUGGAAGCCUCUCGGCAAAGAGAAAUUUCUCUUGAACAAAAGAGCACAGAAAAAGAAGGGGAGAAAGAGAGGAUGCAGGCUCUGUUGGUUGAGUUAGAGAAGGAGAAACAGCAUCUGCUGAGCUCACUACAGGAGUCACAGACAGAAGGAGGGAGGCUCCAUACUCAGGGAGAGGAGUGGGAGAAGGAAAGAAGCAACCUGAGGACCCAAAUUGUAGUUCUGGAAGAAGAAAUGAAGGAGCUUAAAACACUCAUAAAAGCAACUGAGGAUGAGAGAAACACUUUGGAAAAAGAGAAGGAGAAGGAUAGCGAUCAGAAGCAGGCCUUGCAAAAAUCCAUCUCCUCUCUUAUGGCAGAGAAGGAACAGAUGGCGGGAGAAAAUGGACGGCUUUUAGAGGAAAAAGAGGAACUUCACACAGCCCUGUUAUCAUUAGAACAAGAGAGAGAUAACCUGCGCUCCUCUCUGGUAUCUGUAGAAGAAAAGGAGAGAUUAGAUCAAGAGAGAAGUAUGUUAGCUAAUGAAAAAGAAAAGCUUCAAUCAAGUAUCUCUUUGUUAGAAAAUGAGAAGCACAACUUGCAGCAAAAGCUCUCUUUAUUAAAUCAAGAGAAGGAGAGAAGGGAGGAAGAAAAACAGAAGUUGGAGGCUGAAAAUCAGGACCUGCAGUCUUCUGUGUCUUUGAUUAAAGAAGAGAAAAAUAACCUGUCUUCAGCUCUGUUUUCACUGAAACAAGAGAAGCAACGAGCAGAAGAGGAAAAAGAGAAACUUGAGCAUCUUCAGACAACUGUGGCCUCUAUGGAGCAGGAACUGGGAGCACAUAAACUGUCCGUCUCACAGCUCAGUGAACAGGUGUCUGAGUUAACAUCGCGUGCAGCUCGUCUGACUAAAGAGAAAGACUCUGCCCUGAGCAAGAUGAGCCUUUGGAUGAAGACCUGCAAACAGCUGGAGCAAGAGAAGGAAAUGAUGAUAAACAGCUCAGGAGAAGGGAAGAGCAGUGAGGAGGUGCAGACUGCGGUGACCCAGCUGAGGCAGGAGGCAGAGAAGCUAAAGAAAGAAGUGGAAGACCUGAAGAUGACACUGGAGAAGAAAACGGCAGAGGCUAAAGAGAGACUGAUGGAGUCUCAAGAUAAACACCAAGAGGUGAACAACCUUACAGCUGCACUCGAUGGAAAGAGGAAGGAAUUGGAGGAGAAGUGUAGAGAGCUGGAGGAGACGAAGAGUGAGUUGGAUGAAGUGAACAAACUUCUGGAGGAGAAAAGCAAAGAGGCAGAUGAGAGCAUGGAGAAAUACUGCAGCCUGAUGGUUGAAGUCCACAAACUGGAAGAGACCAACGAUGCACUGAAAACAAGACUGGAUCAGAUUAGCCAACGCGCUAAUGACAGCCACCCCAGCAGCACUGAAGGCCGCCGGCGUUCGGGACGGAAGUCUUCCGCUAGACAUCAGGAAGAAAAAAUGGAUGACAACACUGAAAACACGGCUCCUGCAACUACUCAGGGGUCUCCCCUGAGUUCAGGAAAGCGAGGUCACCGUGAAAUCAGCAAUAAAGACAGCGCCCAGGAGGCCCUGCACAACCUGACAAAGAGGGUCAAAGCCAGCACCAUGACUACACCCAAAUCAAGAGCUGAACAGGAAGAUGAAGAGUUCAGACCAGAGGGACUUCCUGAGCUGGUGCAGAGAGGUUUUGCUGAUAUUCCUCUUGGGGAGAUGAGUCCUUUCAUCAUCAGGAGAACCACAGUGAGGCGCUGCAGCCCUCGACUGGCCGCCAAACACAGUGCACCUGAUGGCAAGGAUUUGGGGUCCACACUUCUACAGAGUCCCUCUGCAGAAACAGACACUGCUAACAGAAAGCGUUCCCCGAGUUCACAGAAAACACCAGAACAAACACAGCAAGGAGACAACUGUCACGUUCAGUAGAUCAGUCUGGACUCACACACACACACACACACACACACACACACACACACACACACACACACACACACAGCCUUCCACUUAGAAAUCAAGCAUGCACGUCACAAAAUGUUAACCAUCCAUGUUUAGAAAGAUACACAGAUCUUUAAAAACACGUGUAUUUUAAAAGUGUAAUCCUAAAACGCACUAAUUUUCUUUUCUGGGCUGCAGGGUUGAGUCACAUUUGCUGGUAAUGUCUGUCCACCCCCCCACCCCACCCCCGAACUUCAUAACAUGAAACUGCUUGCUAGCUGUUUUCUUCAGUCACCAGUGGUCACUACAGUAAACAAAACAGAGUUUAAUACAUAUUCAAGCACUGAUGUGUUCACCCCUGUCACUUCUUCGUCACUUUUUACCUUCCUAACAGGAACUUACUUAUUUUCUUUCGUACUGUUCAUUUGUCUGUGGAUAAAUAUUGUUUUGUCCCUUUUUUUUUUUAAAGUUCUAUAUAUUAUAUCUACAUCUGUCUGUUAGUCCUGUAACAUACCUGAAUGCCAAUGGCAGCUAAGAUUUUGUAGAUUUUUUAUUCCAAAGUCAGAACAAAUAUAAAAACAUGUUUUUGACUUUUUUCUUUUCUUGGUUAUUAAAUUUUUUUAAUUUUUUUUUCUUUCUUUUUCUUUGGGUCAAUGUUAAUGCCCAGUGUAAAUAGUAAUGCAUAAUGACUUUUUUUACUAAACCCUUUUUACUGCUGAA